AUGCAAGCUGUCCGUGUUCAUCCGGCCUCUGCCUCGUCCCUUGCUUACUCCCCUUCAAACCCGGCUCCCUCUUCUGCGCUCCACCUUGACCAAGGUCUGCCCAUCCCCAAGCCAUCAAAGCCAGGGGAGAUUUUAGUUCGAAUCAAGGCCACGACAGUAAUUCGUGACAUGCUGACAUGGCCUGAAACGUACAGCCAUGAAUACGCCAUUCCCGGCAACGACUUGUCCGGAGUCGUCGUGGAAACCUUCUCUCAGGAAAGCACGUUCAAGCCUGGCGACGAGGUCUUUGGAAUGGCAGACGCCGAUCGGCCUUGUACAUGGGCAGAAUACUGCAUUGUUCUUGAAGACGAAGUAGCCUUGAAACCGAAGGGCUUAGCCUGGGAUGCCGCAGCCGCAAUGCCGCUCAGUGCACAGACUGCCUACGAGGCAUUAUACGACCAUGCCGGUAUCCCUGUUCCUGAGUUAAGAGAUAAUUUGAAACAGGAGACCCAUCGCUCCUCAGCCUCGGAGCGAAAGCAGCGAGUGCUAAUCACCGGUGCCGCCGGCGCGGUAGGAAUCUAUCUCGUCCAACUAGCAUCCAUAUCUGGUUUGCACACUGUGACUGCAACAAGCUCGAAUGCUCGCAAUCAAGAGUUCUUGAAGAGCAUUGGUGCCGAUGAGACCAUAGAAUACAGCGCCCUGCUGAGCGAGGAGCGGGGAGGUUAUGAUGUUAUUAUCGAUACCGUUGGAGGCGAUAUCUUACUGGCGUGUUGGAAAAAUAUCAAAGAAGGCGGAAAACUUAUCUCAGUGGAUUCAGCAAGCUAUGAUUUUGUCGCUGACCACGAGAAGCGUGGAGUAAGCAAAGAAGGAGUUCAAGCGCUAUUUUUCAUCGUGAAAGGUAGCAACAGGGCUCUAAAAUUCCUAGCUCGGCUUGCAGAACUAGACACCUUGCGCUGUUUGGUACUACAGAAAUACCCUAUUUCUGAGGUGCAAGACGCAUAUAAUCAUGCGCAGGGUAGAUACUCUGGUCGAGGAAAGGUCAUUCUCACUGUGCCCUAG